GGUGGCGCCCAGGGAUUUGGUUUGGCGAAGCCUCACAUGUCAUUCCCUUUGCAUCAAUCAACGCACACCGACCGAAUAAAUGGAAAAGUAGAAACACAGAGCAAAAGGAUCACAGCGAAGAUUCAAGAACACCCACCUGAAAACAAAUUUGGUUUCAACUUUUCUCCACUGAUCACCAUCUUCAAUUGCCUCUCUUCCCCGCAAACCCUCUUCUUAUUUUCACUCGUUUCAGACCAAAAUUUGGUGUAAAUUGCAACUCUUAUGAUUUACAUUUCCAUUUUCUGUACCCAUGGAAGUUUCUGCUACAAAAAGAAGGCUCCUCAAAGUCAUCUUCCUCGGUGACAGUGGAGUCGGGAAAACCUCUUUGAUGAAUCGAUAUGUGUAUAAGAAGUUCUGUCUACAGUAUAAAGCAACGAUUGGUGCUGACUUUAUGACAAAGGAGCUACAAAUUGAUGACCAGCUUGUCACAUUGCAAGUUUGGGAUACAGCAGGGCAGGAAAGGUUUCAGAGUCUAGGGGCUGCAUUUUACAGAGGAGCAGAUUGCUGUGUUUUUGUCUAUGAUGUGAAUGUGGUCAAAUCAUUUGAAUCACUCAGCAGUUGGCAUGAGGAGUUUCUCAAGCAGGCAGGGCCAGCUGAUCCAAAAGCAUUCCCGUUCCUAUUACUCGGGAACAAGAUCGAUGUAGACAAUGGAUGCAGCCGAGCUGUCUCAGAGAAAAGGGCCAGACAAUGGUGUAAUUCCAGGGGAAACAUGCCAUACUUUGAGACCUCAGCAAAAGAGGAUUAUAAUGUCAAUGAAGCAUUUCUAUGCAUUGCAAAAGCUGCAUUAACCAAUGAAGAAGAGCAGGACCAUUACUUUGAAAGUAUCUCAGACUCUGUUUCAGAAGUGGAGGCAGGAGGCGGCGGAGGAGGCGGAGGAGGAGGAGGCUGUGCUUGUUAAUAUCUCUCUCCUGAAACUCAACGACCUUAACAUGAACUCUUUGAUUGAUUGGAGGUUUCCUGGUAUUAUAAAAUGUUACUUAUUCUUUGAGCUGUUCAUUCCAUUUUAUGUAAAUUAUUAUUUAUCCUGAUUAGAUCAGGUGUUUUCUCAUUUUCCUUUUGUUGUGAACUUCUGAAAACAGUUGAAUAAAGUUUGUAAAGAACCAAUAAUGUGCACUGGUCGUAACGCACCCGGUCGUAUCAAGUAAGACUAAUCUUAUUCGUUUUGAUCAUAUUAA